GUCUGUGGACACUAGUCAUCUGCCAUCCUGCUCUGUUCCUCCGUGCUCCUUUAGUUUUUCCCUGUGUCUGUCUGCACCUGGGUUCAGCUCAACCCAGAGCUUGAUAACCUGAAACAGACAUCAUCUACAAACACUCAGAAGAGCUCAAAGCAGCAACAUCGCUCUUCUCAUUCCCAGUCCGGGUGAUAAAGACGCUGAAAAUUCUCUGACUUGUGUGAACAAAAGAGCAACGUACCCCACAAGACUGAAGGGAAGCCAUGUUAAUCGUCCUCGCCUUCAUCGUCCUCUUCCACCUGGCUGCUGCUAUCCUACUCUUUGUUGCCACUAUUCACAAUGCGUGGUGGGUGGUGUCAGACCAAGGUGAUGUCAUCUACACUGAUUUGUGGUACUCCUGUAACGUCACCUGCUACCCUGUGAAGAACAGCCACACUGUUGCAAAAGCUUAUCUGCAGGCAGUUCAGGCUACGAUCAUCCUGGCCACCAUUUUAUGCUGCGUCAGCUUCUUCGUCUUCAUCCUGCAGCUUUUCAGCAUCAAACAGGGAGAGAGAUUCAUUUUCACAGCUGUGAUCCAGCUGUUGGCCUCUCUAUGUGCGCUGAUUGCAGCAUCCAUCUACACGGCUGAGAACAAGAGUUUUCAUGAGACCACGCUUCAAAAAGGCUCCUUCGGCUCCUCCUACAUCCUGGCGUGGAUCAGCUUCCCCACCACUCUGAUUAGUGGCCUUAUGUACCUGAUACUCAGGAAACGCACAUAGAAAUGACAGGGAUGCAACAAAUACUGAUAGGAUCUUGAACACGUGUUCUCUCCGACCCUGAGAUGAUUAUUAUUUUUUUAAGUGUUUCAAGACAAUCUCAGCGACGGGUUCAGAUGUGGACUUUGAGUCAUUUUAACACAUGCAAACCCAAAAUAAGUGCAUUUAUUCUACUUGAUGGUGCUUCAAUAUUUUUUUUUUUGUUUAUAUGUGGCAGAUGCAUGUGCAUCAACCCCAUCCUGAGUACUAAUGUGUCUGCUUUUAUAUACUUCAGCCUCUGUUUCUAGAAACAUCCAACACGAGUCAUUAAACUGGUUCAUGUUUGAUGUGCAAAGGCCACGAUUUUUUUCGACUCACUCUCCUGAGUUAUUUACUCCACAUAGAAUUGAUUUAAAUAAAUUCAUGCCACAUGCAUCUGUAAUGAUCUGUCCCCACUCAGCGUCGGCUCCUAGAUGCUCAUUAAACUUUUGUUGCAGUGUUUUAUUAAAACACUCCACAACAGCAAGAUUAACCAAAGGCUGCACUCUUCUUAUGAAACGGCAGAUAAUUUGUUCCUACAUCAUAGUUCAGCUCUAAACUCUCCUAAAACAAGUUAAAAAACAUUUAAGUUAACCAAAACAUACAAGAUGUAGUGACGUUGGUGUACAGCCAAAAUAUGACGUGGAGGAUUUUAUUCUUUGUAUUCCUUUUAUGACGGACUUGUGUUCUGUUGGUGAAAAAGGAACUGAUGUGCCGUGAUAUUUGGGAUUACAUUUGAAAGACAAACAUGCAUACUUGAAAUGAGAAUGAAGAUUUUUGUCGUGGCUUCUCUGAAGAAGAUAAAGCUAUUGUAUGAAACCACUUUUUUAUUUUCUUGUAUUAUAAAAUUACAUGGAUGAUUUGUCUUUGUUGCUGUCUGG